AUGGCAGACUAUGGAGCCGGACCCGUCGUAGGGUCGCAUGCUGCUGCCCUGCCCAGUAUAACGUUCCCGGCCGCGCUGAAGGAGACGUCCAGGUUGCCUGCUGCCUUCCCUCCCGUUCUGAAUUCGCCGCUGGCCUGGUCCGGCUAUCAGUUUGCUGAGCACUCCGAAUACGUGCUCACUCUCGACAAGCUAGCCGUGGAAGAAGUCGAGCAAGCCCUCGAGCAAUUCAAAGCGCUGGGCUUGGAUGGCGAUCUCAUCUCACGAGAAAUAUUCCCCCUCCCCAACUUAGGACCGAGACUUGAUCGGCUUCGCGUGGAAAUACACCAGGGCAGAGGGUUUGGACUCAUCCGAGGGCUGGACCCUCAAAAGUAUUCGGUCGAGGACUUGACCAUGCUCCACCUCGGCAUCCAGUCCUAUAUUGCCAACCGCCAAGGUCGACAAGACUCCAAGGGGAACAUGCUUGUUCACAUUGUCGCAGACAGUUCUUCCGCAGAAAAGGCGGUUCAUCAUCGCCACUCGACUGCUUCGAUUACAUUCCACAAUGAGGAAGCGGGCGACAUUGUUAGCUGGUUGACGAGGAAUACGGCGGCCAAGGGCGGCAAGUGCAUUAUUGCCUCAGCCUAUACCGUCUAUAACGUGAUGGCCGCCAGUCGUCCAGACUUGGUGCGAACGCUCGCGCGGUCUGACUGGCCGUUUGCCCUGCCCCGAUUCCAGUGUCGCCCAGUCAUCUUCUACCACAACGAGCGGCUCAUUACCAACUUUGGCAGAGCGGCGCUGUUGGGGAGUGCAGGCCAUGGUCGCUCGAAGCAGCUCCCCGAGCUGACACGCAGCCAGCUCGAGGCCCUCGACAUGAUUGAGAGCAUCGCCAAGGCCACGCAGCUGGAGAUUCCCACCGAGCCCGGCGACAUUCACUUCAUCAACAACCUGGCCAUCUUGCACAGGCGCGAAGGUUUCGAGAACGGGCAGUCGCCUCACGAGCGGCGGCAUCUGGUGCGAAUGAGACUUCGCGAUGACGAGUUGGGGUGGGACAUGCCCUCGGACUUGGACAAAGAAUGGUCCAAGGCCUUCAACCCGGAGCGGGUAAAGGUGUGGCAUCUUGAGCCAAUGCCGGACGGUUUCUUUCCCUUGAGAUCGCAGCCCAACUGA